AUGAAGGUGGGUGGUUAUUAUUUGGAUAAGACGGUCAAUACUCAUGUAAUACUCUCUCUACAUCUUCGUCGUUUCAGAAAAACACUAUUCCUCUCUACUUUAACAUCUUAUUAUGACAUAAAAAGCGGAACGAUUCAAAUGCUUUUCGAGAAUUCAUACAUCGGCAAAAACCCUACAAAAUUAGCAUGCUCAUUCCUCGUUUUAAAACUCAAUUUUGCUGGACUUCGUACCAAUUCAACAUUUGACGUCUUCAAUGUGAACUUUCACACAAUUUUUAAUGUGAGUAUAUCAGACUUUAUGGAUCAUUAUCAACAAGAGUUGGGACAUCAUUUUCAAGUUAUCGACAAAAGUACAGAUGCUUUGAGGAAUUUUGAAAGGUUACUAAAUGCUGUAAAAUGGAAUGACUACAAACUCUAUGUUUUCAUCGAUGAAUAUGAUGCUG